CGGAGCAGUGUGUUGCUAGUGGUUGUUGGUGGUUGUUAGUUGCUAAAUCCACGAAAUGGCUGGAUUUACGGAAAGUGCUUUAGUGAAGAAAUUAGUCGAACUUAAUCCUUCUCAACAAAGUAUACAAACACUGUCCUUAUGGUUAAUACACCACAGAAAGCAUCAUCCUGUGAUAGUGAAAGUUUGGUUCAAAGAAAUGUGCAAAGUAAAGGACAAUCGUAAACUGAUGUUUAUGUACUUGGCAAACGAUGUGAUUCAAAACAGCAAGAAAAAAGGGCCCGAAUUCGGCAAAGAAUUCGGAACUAUUUUACCAAAAGCCUUCGAACAUAUGAAAGGGUUCGAUGAUAAAACGAGAGAAAGAUUGGGCCGGCUAUUACAAAUAUGGGAGGAGAGGGGAGUAUACGACAAAAGUCUCAUUACUGAGUUCAAAACUGCUUUUAAUUCAGGUUCCGACAAUAAAAAAGAGCCCUCAGCUCCACCCUUGAAAAAAAAGAAAGUUGAAUUUGAGAAAGUUAAGAAGGAGAAAAAGGAGAGGAAAAAAUCGGAGACAGAAAUUGAAGUCGAUGGCACCAAAGAAUUACACGUGACCCUGAGUCCAAGAACGCCAGGCGGAGAUCCACCAGAAACGGAGGAACUUAUCAAGGCUCUAAUGGAUCUGGAAAAUACCGCGUCAUCGGAUGCUGGGGUUCGAGAAAGAAUUGCCUCACUACCUCCAGAAGUUUCGGAAGUUUCUUUACUGGCGAACCUCGCUGACAGAACGGCGGCUGACCAAUUGAGUGUUGCAGUUAAUGAAGCCGCUGCCCUUUUGGCGGAUUAUAAUGGCCGAUUACAAGCCGAAAUGGAAGACAGAAGGAGAUUGCUUGCCAUGUUGAGGGAUUAUACUUUAGCACAAAAACAAUUGCUGCAGCAAGCUCAGACAACACUAGAAGAUUACAAAGAGAAACUGAAGAAAGUGUGCGCCGUGAGAGCUGAAGUCAAGUCUCACAUUUCGAAUCUUCCCGAUUUGACGCAACUUCCGGACGUGACGGGAGGCCUGGCACCACUUCCAUCGGCGGGUGAUUUAUUCUCUAUGCACUAGUGACUGGACAAGCGAUUCUGCAGCACUCAAACUAUUUAAUUAUUGGUUUGCUAGUCUCUCGAGAUGAAUAAUAGGUACACACAACAUCGGGCUUUUACUCAAUUCCAUGAAUUCUUAAGGGCUUUUCUUGAACAUCAAAUUUUGAAAUUAAGAUCGGAUCUAUUUGGACUCACGGGCGCGCAGGCCUCUAGUGUUUUCUAAUCUCCCGUGGAAAAAAAAAAUGAAAAAAAAAAACAUUAAACUUUGCUUUCCUUCAAACGGAGGCAUCAAUUCGAAACGAAAGUCUAGAAAUUGGUCGUUGAGUUAUACCAAUUUGAUUUCCCAACAAGAUACGACGUUCAUUAUAGCGUGACAUCUUCCCAAUGGCAAGAUAUUAUUUAUUUUAUAGUCUCAACGUGUCGAUAAAUUUCCGAGAAGAAUGAUUGGUAGGAUAUUUUGUUAUUGAAAUAGACAAAAGUCAUCUGUUUUCUCUAUUUGCUCAAAAAAAAAAAAAAAUUAAUACGGGAUAAUUUGAUUUUGAGGAAGAAUUUUCCGGGCAGAAAUUUCGACGAAUAAAUAUGUUAGGGUUUGGUUGUUUAAUCGCUUUCGGGUUGAAAGAGGCGGAUGACGAAACAAUUAUUAAUAAAAUUUGCGACGAAUAUCAAGAAAAAUAAAGUGCUACAUUGAGAUAAAUAUAAAUGUGGAUGAGAUAGAUAAAUAAAUCAAUAAUUGACGAGUAGUAGGAAAGUUGCAAGACUUCCAUAGGAUGGUAAGCAGUAGGGGAAGGUGUUUUACAAUUUAUCACGCCGAAGGAGGUUCGUCUAUGUCAUGCAUUAUUAUAGAGACCUUUUUCGAGAAGCAAAUAAUUUCUUUGCGCAUGGCAUGUGCAUCGUUUAAUCAUUGUUUAAUAGCAAUGCUCGCUAGAUCGUGCACUGAUUGCCAACAUUUUGUAAAUAAAUCCUAUCUGAUAUUUUAUUAUCGGGUUGAGACACGAUUCAUUUUAACUCGAAGCAACAACAACAGCAGCAACAAAAAACAACAAACGAAGCAAAUACAGUAGUGCAUAUUUGUAUUAUUUUAAAUAAAUUGCGAGCGAUAUAUCUUUUAAAUUGUAAAGAUGUGGAGGCAGUGAGAUGUGAAUAAAUGUUUUCAAC